GUAAAUCAACCAGGCGUUCUGUCACUCACCAGCAGUAUCUCCGCAUAGUGGUGUACACCCACAUGCCUUCAUGAGAUGUCUCAUUAUGCCGGUGGAAGAAAUGUUCACAUGAAUGCGCUUUUUCAGGGAUGGUGACAACAGAAUGUUUUAAUUCUAUUCACUACCACAAGGAUCAAUGGCACUUCUGCCAAAGACUUUGCUCACGGGUACAAUAACGCAUGUCAUCUCUUUCUGAGAUUAGAGGGUCUCCCUUGAGAGAGAUCUUAUUUCAAUUCUCUGCAGAGGCUCUAACAUGAAAAACAAAAAUCUCAGUGAAAACUGAACCGAAUGGGGAUUGAGCUGCUCUGCCUGUUCCUGCUACUUCUAGGAAGGAAUGAUCGCGUCCAAGGUGGUUGUGCCUGGGGUGGUGCAGAAUCCUGCUCAGACUGCUUGCUCAUGGGACCUCACUGUGGCUGGUGCUCCCAGGAGAAUUUUACCCACCUGUCUGGAGCUGGAGAAAGGUGUGACACCCCAGCAAAUCUCUUGGCCAAAGGAUGUCAAUUACCCUUCAUCGAAAACCCUGUCUCCCAAGUGGAAAUCCUUCAAAAUAAGCCUCUCAGCGUAGGCCGACAGAAGAAUAGCUCUGACAUUGUUCAGAUCUCUCCCCAAAGCUUGGUUCUUAAAUUGAGGCCAGGUGUCGAGCAGACUCUGCAAGUGCAAGUCCGCCAAACGGAAGAUUACCCAGUAGAUCUGUAUUACCUCAUGGAUCUCUCGGCCUCCAUGGAUGACGACCUCAACACAAUCAAAGAGCUGGGCUCCCGGCUUGCCAAAGAGAUGUCUAAAUUAACCAGCAACUUUAGACUGGGCUUUGGCUCUUUUGUGGAAAAGCCCGUUUCUCCUUUUAUGAAAACAACACCAGAGGAAAUCACCAACCCUUGCAGUAGUAUACCCUAUUUCUGUUUACCUACGUUUGGAUUCAAGCACAUUUUGCCACUGACUGAUGAUGCUGAGAGAUUCAAUGAAAUUGUGAGAAAACAGAAGAUUUCUGCUAAUAUUGACACACCUGAAGGUGGAUUUGAUGCGAUUAUGCAAGCUGCUGUAUGUAAGGAGAAGAUUGGCUGGCGCAAUGACUCGCUCCAUCUCCUGGUUUUCGUGAGUGAUGCCGAUUCUCAUUUUGGAAUGGACAGCAAGCUGGCAGGCAUUGUCAUUCCCAAUGAUGGGCUCUGUCACUUGGACAACAGGAAUGAAUACUCCAUGUCAACCGUCUUGGAAUAUCCAACAAUUGGUCAACUCAUUGAUAAACUGGUACAAAACAAUGUGCUGCUGAUCUUUGCUGUGACCCAAGAACAAGUCCACUUGUAUGAGAAUUAUGCAAAGCUCAUUCCUGGAGCCACAGUGGGACUGCUUCAGAAGGACUCUGGGAACAUUCUUCAGCUGAUCAUCUCUGCUUAUGAAGAACUGCGGUCUGAGGUGGAACUGGAAGUUCUAGGUGACACGGAAGGACUCAGCCUGACUUUCACAGCUCUCUGUAACAAUGGUGUCAUCCUCCCACACCAGAAGAAAUGCUCCCACAUGAAAGUGGGGGAUACAGCAUCCUUCAACAUGACUGUGAGCAUAUCCAAUUGUGAGAAAAGAAGCCGGAGCCUUACCAUAAAGCCUGUGGGUCUGGGGGACACCCUGGAGAUACUCAUCAGUGCAGAAUGUGACUGUGACUGCCAGAAACAAGUAGAAGUGAACAGUUCUAAGUGCCACAAUGGGAAUGGCUCCUUCCAGUGUGGGGUAUGUGCCUGCAACCCCGGCCACAUGGGUCCCCACUGUGAGUGUGGUGAGGACACAGUGAGCACAGAUUCCUGCAAGGAGGCCCCAGGGCAACCCUCAUGCAAUGGAAGGGGUGACUGCUAUUGUGGGCAAUGCAUCUGCCACUUGUCUCCCUAUGGGAGCAUCUACGGAACUUACUGCCAGUGUGACAACUUCUCCUGUCUUCGACACAAAGGCCUUCUCUGUGGAGAUAAUGGUGACUGUGACUGUGGUGAAUGUGUGUGCCGGGAUGGCUGGACUGGAGAGUACUGCAACUGUACAACCAGCAGGGACUCAUGUGCCUCUGAGGAUGGAGUGCUGUGCAGCGGGCGUGGGGAUUGCAUCUGUGGCAAGUGUAUCUGCAGGAAUCCUGGAGCCUCAGGACCCACCUGUGAACGCUGUCCUACCUGUGGUGACCCUUGUAACUCUAGAAGGAGCUGCAUCGAGUGCUACCUGUCUGAAGAUGGCCAGGCCCUAGAGGAGUGCACGGAGAAAUGCAAAGCCACCGGUGCCACCAUCAGCGAGGAAGAUUUUUCAAAGGAUACUUCUGUUUCCUGCUCUCUACAAGGAGAAAAUGAAUGUCUUAUUACAUUCCUAAUAACCACAGACAAUGAGGGGAAAACCAUCAUCCACAACAUCAGUGAAAAAGACUGCCCCAAACCUCCAAACAUCCCAAUGAUCAUGUUGGGAGUGUCACUGGCCAUCCUGCUCAUCGGAGUCGUCCUGCUGUGCAUUUGGAAGCUGCUGGUAUCAUUUCAUGAUCGGAAAGAAGUUGCUAAAUUUGAAGCAGAACGAUCAAAGGCCAAGUGGCAAACGGGAACGAAUCCACUGUACAGAGGCUCCACCAGCACUUUUAAGAAUGUGACCUACAAACACAGGGAAAAGCACAAGGCAGGCUUUUCCACAGAUGGGUAGGCAGAUCUACUUCAGCUAGAGAAAGUCAACCUCACUACCGUUAAAGGUUAAUGCACUGUUUGAUUUGACUUUCUUUGUUGCUUCAAAAACAGGUUGACUUAAGAUAAUAAUAGAUCAUUGGAGAUCAGUCCUUCUCAGCACGAAGAGUGAGACCCUAUUGGCAGGUUCAAAAUAUUCAAGAGAAUAUCCUAAGCAAAGAGGUGAACUCGAGAUCACAUAAAGAGUAUGAACUCCAUUUCAUUGAUGCAUCAAAAAAAAAAAAUCAUCAAAAUGAUUCAUGAGGACUUGAUUUGCAUUUGAAAAAUGUUCAGAAUUAGAAUCUCACUUGCUUUCUGAAUGCAGCUACCUAAAGUCUUUGUCUCCGCAAAGUCAUGGAGUUCUUAUGCUUUUAUUGUUGCUUUUUCUAAAUUUACAGAAAAAUCUCCCAUUUCCUGAAGGAUUAUUUGCUUGUUUGUUUGUUUGGGGUUUUGGUUUUUUGAGACAGGGUCUCUCUAAAAAGUCCUGGCUGUUCUGAAACUGCCCAGGCUGGCCUUGAACUCACAAAGAUCUACCUGCCUGUGCUGGGAUUAAAGGCAUGCUACAUCAUGCUAGGUGAUUUUUUUUUUAAGUAUGGGACAUGACAUUCUGGUUUCCCAUCAGCAGAAAGAAUACAGUUCUAAAUGUUAGCAAUUGUCUUAGAUGUUAUACUUACAAGUCAUAUAUACAAACAAGUUGUUAGCUUAUCAAAAAGAGUUUCAGGAAUAUAAACAGAACCUGGGGUAAUAGAAUAAAAGGUCACAUGGCUUUCCAUCAAGUGUGUCAAGACUGCAGGAGUCCCUCAAGGAGUCUGGGUUUCCUGCAGGACAUUGUUAUCCCAUCUGCACAACCAAGCAUUCACAGCCUGGGUUCAUGGAAUGGAUGUGUCACCCACUUGUUCUAACAAGUAAAACCACUUACAAAAUCUGCACCGGCAAUCAGCAAUCCAGUAGAGAUUGGAGAGAACAUCUCUGGAGAAUUUCAUUUCUUAUGGUUACUGCUGCAUUAUGAAGAACUUUCCUCUCACUGGAUCUCCACAGAGAAGCCGAAAGGAUAGGCGCAAGAGCUGGGGACAGACUCUGCAUCUUCUAACUCCACGCCCUUUGCAUGUGACUCUUUUGUCAGUAAAAUGAUAGAAGGAUUGUGUUAGUUAUAGUAUAACUAUCUUAGUUUGAAAGUGCAAUGGCACGAAACAAACAACACUUAGGUCCCUGGAAUGCAGGCCAGUUGCUGUAUUUUUGUGCAGCGUGUGUGGCUUUGACUGGAUAGUCCUGUGAAGCCAUUCCCUGGGUGAACAGCUUCAUAUUAAUGGAGGCUUCGUGAUUGUCCAGUGAACUGUCACUUGGUCUCCAAGCUCCCUAGCUCCUCCCAGAAACAUCUAUGUACGUUUUGAUUGUCUGGAGUCUUUCUUUUUCGCUUUUGAAAUAACUCAGGUAAAUCAGUCAGUUAGGGAGUACACAGCUAAAUUUAAAAGAAAAAUCCUAAUGAUUUUCCUUGGAUCCCUGAAUGGUCCAAGACCUUGGAGUCUGGAGCAACCUGCAGAUACACUCCCAGUAAUACGGCAGCGCUGCCACCACUACACGGGGCUGUUUGUGCUGUUUUUGUGUUAUUGCUGAAAUGAGAUUUUAGAAAAUAGAAGUCUCUUUCAUGUGUGUAGUAGGAAGAAUUUGUUCUUUCUCUAAAUACUGUUUUGACCCAAGGCAGGACCUUGAAAAGGUCAAAACACUAACAGUAGGGCUUCUGUUCACUGAAGAGUUAUGUUACACAAUGAUGAGAUGGUUGUUUUUUAAGUGGCUUUAUUGUAUUUUGCAUUGGCAAAAAUAAACAUAAUUUAAACAUUGAA